AUGCUGCGCGAUGCUGGACCUAUUGUUACUGUGGAAGAGGAAGUGUUGGUACACGAACAACCACUUAAACCUCUGUCUUUCUUGAACAGUAGUCAGGUUCCUGCAAAAAAUAAUACCAAAUCAGGAGAACCCGAAAUAUGUGAUGCUAAAGUCAACUUUUCACAGUCUUUACCAGAAGCAUCACAUUUAAAAUUCACUAAUACCCCAGAUCCUCAUGUUUCCAAAGAGAAAUGUUUCUCAAAACUUAUGAUGGACUCCGCUAAUAUGCAACCUCCUUCAUCUUUAAUUCCAUGUGAAACAACGACGCUAAUUGCUGAUACAAAUUUUGGCUCCCUCUUUAACUCCCUCCAAAGCAAUGGCUCUGAGCUAUUUGCACAACAAAAACACGAUAUUAAAGAACAAGUUAAUGUCGAAGAUCAUGAGCUAAGUGAUCAACUAUCUUUAAGAUCAGAGUUAGAAGAUCCGUUUGCGAAUUCCAGUAGCGAAGAUCUCGAUUUCGUUCCCUCGGAUGAAAACGAGGAUGUGCAAGAAAAUCAGGCUGCUGUUGGGGGUAAAAGCAAAACAAGGAAAAGGAAAAGGCAGAAGAGUGGUUGGAAAAGAAAUAUUAUUAAAUCUGCCAGGAAUAGUGGAGCUGAAUACAAAAACUGGAAUGGAAAUUUUCAGAAUAAAAGGAGUAUCAAGCCGGCUUGUCAAAAUUGUAGAAAGAGAUGCAAUGAGAACUUCUCAGAAGAAGAACGCUCUGCAAUAUUUAAAGCUUUUGGGAUUUACAGGACAUUAAUAGACAGCAUGAUUAUAUUGCCAAGGAGAUACAUGCUCACAUACAACGGAAAAACAGUUCCAGUAUGUAAAACAUUUUUUCUAAAUACGUUGAGUAUAAGUGGACAUGGUAGAGACCGUAUUUCAGAAGAUGGAAGUACUGGUGUUGUAACCGAAGAUAGAAGAGGCAAAGCCUGUAAAAACUCUCAGCUAGAUGAGACAAUUAAAGAUUCGGACGAUGAAUUGUUCAGCGUCGUGGCACUUGUCAUAAGUAAAGCUGUUUUUGCAAAUUCCAUGGCCGGUUUAGAUUGUGUACCAUUCUCGGCGAAAAAGCAAGAAGCCCUCGGGCUUGAUUGUGGGGUCAUCGAUGCAUUCCCAGUUACUGACGUCAGGGCUACGUACGUCCAUCCAAUGCUCACUGGUUAA